UCGCUACUUUGUUAUCAUUUCAUGAUAUCUAGCCCUCCUUCGCUUCCUCCUUCGCCCACAAGCUGCAUGUUAUUCCCAUCCUGCCGAAACAGCAAUCACCAUUGAACUCUCUCCCGACUCUCAAAUACCCCCACCAUGAACAUCGUCGAAUGGGCCUUCGGCAAGCGCAUGACGCCCGCCGAGCGUCUGCGCAAACAUCAACGAGCGCUCGACCGGACCCAGCGCGAACUGGAUCGCGAACGAGUCAAGCUUGAGAACCAGGAGAAGAAGCUAGUCCAGGAUAUUAAGAAGAGCGCGAAGAAUGGACAGAUUGGUGCUUGUAAGAUCCAGGCGAAGGAUCUGGUGAGGACGAGGAGGUAUGUCCAGAAAUUCUACCAGAUGCGGACACAGUUACAGGCCAUUUCGCUGCGGAUUCAGACGGUACGAAGCAACGAACAAAUGAUGCAAUCCAUGAAAGGCGCAACGAUGUUACUAGGCAGCAUGAACCGACAGAUGAAUCUCCCCGCGUUGCAACGAAUCGCAAUGGAAUUCGAGCGAGAGAACGAUAUCAUGGAUCAACGACAGGAAAUGAUGGAUGAGGCGAUUGACGAAGCAACGGGAUUGGAAGGCGAGGAGGAAGAAGGCGAGGAUAUUGUCAAGGAAGUUCUUGAUGAGAUUGGUGUGGAUCUUAGCCAGGCGCUGGGAGAAACACCCACCGAUAUACAAAAGACGGCCGUGGGCGAGACGAGAGUUGCGCAAGCGGUGGGUGCUGGGGGUGGAGGUGGCGGUGGUGUGAAUACCAGUGACGAUGACUUGCAGGCGAGAUUGGAUAGUCUGCGGAGGUGAUGUGAUUCAUACUAGUUGUGAUAUGAUAGUAUGAGUUACAUUUAUUUGUUAUAGCUAUAAGCACUCUUUGCAGUUUGUUAUGCGGUUUUCGUGUUUCGAACGGCGUUAGGGUAACUGGGUUUGCAUUUAUUCCAUCCAUCCAUGAGCAAUUUGACUUGAGUCCAAUGAUACAGAUAUUAUUAUUGCCUGUUGUACGUAUGCUGAAGAAGUGAAAGAGAA